UAUUUAUUCUUAAGGUAAUCACAACCUUCCACUAUAAAAAGCCUAAAUCAACCUCUAUAAUUCUCACCAUAAUCCACCCAAUCACAAGCCAUCUUAUAAACUUAAUUUUGAACUCUGUUUGUGAGUUCUCCUAAGAUGGCUUCAAAAGCAUUUGCAUCAACUUCCCUCCUCCUUUGCCUAAACCUUUUGUUCUUCACUUUGGUUAGCUCAACCUAUGCACCAAAUUGCCCUCCAUCAUCGGGACACCACGGUGGUCACCAUGGAGGACACCACGGUGGCCACCAUGGAGGAAGCCCGUCAACGCCAACAACACCGAUAAUGCCGCCAGCUCAAGCAAAAUGCCCUAUCGAUGCACUAAAGUUAGGGGUUUGUGCCAAUGUAUUGGGUGACUUGAUCAACGUUGUUGUUGGUACACCACCAAAAACACCAUGCUGCCCUCUCAUUCAAGGGUUGGUUGAUCUUGAGGCUGCAAUUUGCCUUUGCACUGCCAUUAAGGCUAAUAUUUUGGGCAUUAACCUUGACAUCCAUCUUUCCUUGACCUUGUUGCUUAACUAUUGUGGCAAAGGUGUGCCCUCCGGCUUCCAAUGUCCUUAUUGAAAUUAACAUCAUGUUACCACUUUCUCAUCUCAUUAAUCAUUAUAUAUAUAUAUAUAUAUAUAUAUAUAUAUAUUCAUGCAUGCGUGCAUGAUAUAUAUUUGUACUCAAUCACCUUAAUUAAUUUGCUUCGUUAUCCCUUAGCUUGAUUGGUGUAAUCUGUUUGUUAGUUCAAAAUUGAAUUUCUUUCAAUAAAAUUGAUUUUAUGAUGGA